AUGACUACCACGCUCAAAAGCCACAACGUCCAGCUCAGUCUGCCCGAUGGACUCUCUCAAGAGCAGCUGGAUUCAUUCAGACCAUUCAAUAACUGGGUCGACACUUUGACAAACUCUCUCAAACUCCAAUCCGACUCAUCUCACCCCUUCCACAAAGAUCCCUACGCUCUGCGCUCAGUAACAAUUCAGUCCUUCGACCUCUUCGGUAAACGAGUAGGCUUUAUAAAGCUCACAGCCACCGUAUCCAACGAUGCAGGCGAAACCCUCCCCGCCGCCGCUCUUUUGAGAGGACCAAGCGUAGCGAUGCUCUUCAUGCUCAUACCCGAAGACAAGCCCGAAGAGCGCUACGUCGUGCUAACAGUCCAACCACGCGUUCCUGCCGGAAGUCUCAGCUUCGUCGAGCUACCAGCCGGUAUGGUCGACGACGGCAGUUUUAAAGGCGCAGCCGCGCAAGAAAUCCAAGAAGAGCUCGGCGUGACGAUCCACGAGGAUGAACUUACCAACCUCAGCGAACUUGCUGCACCUGUCGAAAAAGAUGGUGAAGGGUUGGCGCAGGCGAUGUUUCCUUCUGCGGGAGGGUGUGAUGAGCAUGUUACGAUUUUUAGUUAUGAGAUGAAGUUGCCUAGGGACAAGAUUCGGGAGUGGAGUGGACGGUUGACGGGGUUGAGGGAGCAUGGGGAGAAGAUUACGCUCAAGGUUGUGCCGAUGGGGGAGGCUUGGAGGGAGGGGGCUAGGGAUGCGAAGUGUUUGGCUGCGUUGGCGCUUUGGAGGGGGCUGAAGGAUGAUGGGAAGCUGUGA